AUGAACGAGACGGCGCAGGACCUUAUUGCCAAGAUCGAAUUGCCUUACGACCCUGUUACCCUUCAGCAGCAGGGCUUCGAUGUGGCCAAUACCUUUGUCGGAAAACUAGCCCCCGACGGGAAAGCAUGGGUCAUCAUAGAGGGACAAAGAAAUGUUCACAUGUCGGAAAAUAAGACGCGCAUUAUCAAAUUGACGUCUUUAGAUGGCGAAUACAUGUUGCUGGGACGCAAGUCACUGGAUACAUCUAACAUAUUUGUCCAGUAUGGGCAAGGAGCAACCAGGACAGUUAAUGUCACUGGAGGUCCUGGCAUUGAAGAAGCAGAAUUUGUGGAUGGCCUUCGAUUUACUCUAGCUGCCACAUCACCGUUCACCAUGAAUGUCGACAUUCCCAAUGGAGUUGAACAGGCUGCGUUACCAGAGAACACCAUUCCACUGAAUUCGUUCUCUUGGACGAUCAACACUACAGAGACCUUGUCCACUGGUUUAGCAGCCGACGUUGCCUUCCCAGUCAAUCUCGACAUUCUUGCUGCCAAGGCACCAAAUCGAAACCCAGAACAGUUGGUUGUUGCCAGGCGACGUCUCGAUGCUAACUCAACAGAGAAAUUUACUGCACUAGAAAAUCAGGCCCUCAGUUUGUCUAGAAAGACCAUCAGAGCUACGGACGUUCGCGAAUUGAAUGGGCAAUAUAUAGUACUCAUUGUAGGUGAUGGUUUGGGGAGUGCAAUAGGGGAUCGAUCACGGGCUUGA